AUGGAACUUGAAAAAGUUCCAUCUGAAUCAAACCGUGUAUCUUUUGCUUCAAAACCAAACUUUGCACCCUUGAAGGCUCACAAGAUAUUCGACGGUCAAGUUCAAUUCAAGAAAGUCUCUAUGAAAAUCGACAUUCGUGUGAAUCUCAAGGCUCGCAAGGUUGAAUUGAAGACCAGAUCAGGCACACCCGACAUCAGUAACCUCCAAAAAUGUGCUGAUUUAGUGCACGCUUUCAUGCUUGGAUUCGACGUGAUUGACGCCAUUGCACUUCUUCACAUGGACGAACUCUAUGUGGAGUCUUUUGAGAUCAAAGAUGUGAAAACCCUUCGAGGCGAGCACUUUGUCUCGUGCCAUUGGAAGAUUAUCUAG